ACUCUACACCGUCAUGCCUUCCUUUUUUAUUUCUUUUGCUUGCUUCUUCUCUUUCACAACAUUGGCUCCACAUUUUGCAGGAAAACAUAAGAACACUCUCUCUCUCUCUCUCUCUCUCUCUCUCUCUCUCAAAUGGCCCCAGAUUAUCAUACAAGAGAGCUUAACGAAUAUCAAGAAGAAAGCUCAACUUCAAGACCUCAACCUCAUCAUCAUCGUCAAGCUACAUCCUCAUGCUUUUCUCGUAUUUCAACCCCAAAUCAUGUCUUGCAUAGCUCAGUUGAAGAACAGGGUGGAUGUUUCCAUGGAGCAUCACAGCCUUCAGAUCGUGGACUGGAGGCUUUGCCGUCUCCAAUCGGCAUAACUACAUACCAGAAAUUAGAAGAUCAAAGAGUUAACGAGGAUCGUCAAAAGGGACAUCAUGAACAUGGCUCUUCAUCAUCUUUGCCCUCAAAAUACCAGAAAUUAGAAGAUCAAAGAGUUAACGAGGAUCGUCAAAAGGGACAUCAUGAACAUGGCUCUUCAUCAUCUUUGCCAUCGUUUGAGGGGACAUCCUCAAAGAUGAGGAUGAUGAGGAAGAUGAUGAUCUCAGAAAGGAGACCAUCGCCUAACAAAUCAUCGGCUCACAAGUCUGAAGACCGAUCCUACGCUGACUCAAUUACCUCGUCAUGUCCACAAAUGGUUACUAAUGGUGGCUGCAGCGACAGCACCACGGUUAGGGUUUGCGUCGACUGCAACACAUCGAAAACCCCACUCUGGAGAAGUGGUCCCAGAGGUCCCAAGACGCUUUGCAAUGCUUGUGGGAUCCGGCAGAGGAAAGCCAGGCGGGCCAUGGCGGCCACCGCCACUGCCGCCGCUAGUGUUGCAAUUGUUCCUCCUCCUACUAUGACUUUGCCUGCAAAGUGUAAGCUGAAAAACAAAGACAACAAGAGACCGGGAAGUAAAGCAGCUAUUGAUCAAGAAUCGGAAACAAUCAAGAAAAGAUUCAAGCUUCCCUCUCCGACAUUGGUAUCUCACAGAGAGACGAAGGAGCUUUGUUUGGAGGACUUUGCCACGAGAUUGAGCAAGCGUUACUCGGCGAACCUCCAGCGGGUGUUCCCACAAGAAGAGAAGGAAGCUGCCAUCUUGCUUAUGGCCUUAUCCUGUGGCCUCGUCCAUGGUUAAUAGAACAACUGGUAGAACAGACAAAAUGGUUUUAUGGUCAUUGAACCACCUAUCUUCUCCACACAUUUACCAUCCCAAUGCGGUCAUGUGACGAUGUACCGGGCAUUGUGGCACCGGUUACGUGCGGCAACUCCUGAAUGGCUUUCAUGAUCAUUGUUUGCUUCUUUAGGUCACUUCCAUCACAGAUAUAACCGAUUAUGGAUGAUAAAAUGGAAAAUCGCUCCUGUAGUAGCAUUGAAAAGCUAUAUGUAUGGUCUCCUCAAAUUAGUUUAAUAAUGAGUGCGAGGUUUUUCACUUAA